UCACUUUAAAAUUUAUUGAUCAAACUUUUAUCAAACUGCUAAGCUAAACGGCAAAAUGGUAGAAAAGCAAGAAAAAACAGACAUUACAUACGAGUACACAAGACGUAGGAAGGAAUUUGGAAGACAAUUACUUUUCGAAGAUUGUGGUCCGAAGCUAUGUGUAAGUAUACAAUCAAAUCCAGCGAUGUACAAAAAUUACAUACUAAGGAAUCCAGUGCACGUUGGCAUCCAGAAUACCGGAACUAUGUCAGAACAUUGGGUAAAUUCCGUAAGAGCCGAAUAUACCACUUCUGGCAUGAAUCACGUAGAAGGUGGCUGGCCUAAAGAUAUUAAUACAAACGAUCCUGAAGCCAUGCAAAGAUAUCGACGAAAAAUUGAGAAAGAUGAUGCAUAUAUUCACGCGGUUAUGCAUCUCGGACAUAGCAUGGAGCACAACAUUCUCCAAAAUAACGCCGUGGAUAUGUACGAAAUCUAUUAUUCUGAGCUUGGCACAAUUCCACCUGUGGAACGGAGCAGUUGUCAUACAGUCAAUGUGUAUAGAGAACCAGGUGCAAAUCGAAGACCGGUUCGUUCAUUGUCGUGGCAAGCCGAAGGAGCGCGUUUAGCGUCUGCUCACGCUGACGUUAACUUUAUGAGAAACGCAAGAACACCUCAGUUCUCGUACAUUUGGGAUAUAGAAAACGCAAACGCGCCAGAGUUAGUAAUCACACCUCCCCAACCUCUACUAGAUUUACAAUACAACCCUCGCGAUCAACAUAUUCUUGUGGGUGGUAUGAUGAAUGGCCAAGUAGGUUGUUGGGAUAUGAGAAAAGGCAGUGAUGCUGUCGCGCUUUGUCCACCGCAUGUAGCUCAUAGAGAUCUUGCCAGUAAUGUUCUUUUUAUUAAUUCCAAAACCGGAGCAGAGUUUUUCUCAUCAUCUCCUGACGGUGUUGUAAAAUGGUGGGAUAUCAGGAAUAUUAACGAACCUACUGAUUCAAUGAUAAUAGAUCCCGUAAAAACAAAUAAUGACACUCAAAGCGUCGAAAAUGCUUUGGGUAUUUCAGCUCUAGAGUACGAACCAACUAUACCCACAAGAUUUAUGGUUGGAACUGAAACCGGACUAGUGAUAGGAGGUAAUCGAAAAGGAAAGACAGCUUUUGAAAAGCUACCUUCUAAGUACGAAGCACACUUAGGUCCAGUUUAUGCACUGCAAAGAAAUCCGACAUUCUUAAAGAACUUCCUAACAGUAGGGGACUGGACUGCUCGGGUAUGGAGCGAAGAUUGUCGAGAAUCUUCCAUUCUUUGGACGUAUGCACAUAAGACAAAACUUACAGAUGGAGCGUGGAAUCCAAUAAGAUUUUCGCUUCUGCUUGUGACUCAAUGGGAUGGCUGUCUAUCCUGUUGGGAUCUCUUACGAAGACGUAGCGCGCCAAUAGUCACUGCACAACUUUGUGAUGAGCCUUUACUGCGCCUUCGGCCACAUGAAGGAGGUCAAUUGGUGGCGUGCGGAAGUAGUCUGGGAACUAUAUACUUGGCAGAGUUAUCACAAAAUCUUGGAACCGCCGAUAAAAAUGACAAACAACUUUUGACACAUAUCUUAGAAAGGGAAAAUAAACGUGAACGCAUACUUGAAGCCCGCAUGAGAGAAAUAAGACUGCGAAUGCGACAAGACAGGGACGGAGGGCAACAACUAACUGAGAGCGAGUCAUGCCUCAGUGACAAAGAUCUAGAAGAGGCCUCCGCAGAAUAUAUGCAGGCGGUCAGCGAUCUGCAAGCGCAACAACAGAAAAGUCAACAGACAUAAAAUAAUCUGGCGGCUGUUCUAGGCAAGCGCAAUAGCCAAAUAGUGAUCUUAGUGUGAUGUCAAACCCUAAAAGACGCUAAAUGUAGCAGUGAAGCA